AUGGUGCAGACGAAAGACGUUCAGACAUUGGCGCGAGCCAUUAAAUUGGCUGCCCAAAACAACAAGAGUAAACUCAUUCGCGAAUGGUUCUACGUGCCCCUGGGCCUCACGAUAACCCUCGCCGUAUGCUUCGGUGUCGAUUCUAUAUUCCACCGGUUCAAUGUUUCUUUCCCAGCUUCUGUCACGUGUAUGAUGUUGCUCUUCUUCGCCCUUAUCGCGUGCGAGUCGUUGCUGGGUAGCCAUCGAACAAGGAAGGUGGUUAGCUUUAUCGAUGUUUCUGCUGGUUGGUCGCUUCGAUGGAUGGGCGUCUUCUUCACGCCCUCAUUCGUUCUCCUCCCCCUGAGUCCGGCAGUCGGUGUUAUCGAAGUCUUCAAGAUCAUUGCCAUCUUUGUUAUCGGCUUCUUCAUCAUGAUGGCCCUUGCGGCCUGGAUCACCCGGAGCGUCCAGUUCGCUCUCGGUAUCUCCAAGCGCUCCGAAUCCCAGCGCGCCGAAGAACUCGGCCGCCGGACGCCGGACAUUCCCAUAAGCGAGAACACCACCCCCGGCAUCUCCCGCCGGACGAGCUUCUCUCAGGCUCCGUCCCAGAUCCCGCUAGUCCCCGUGUCAGGAUCGGACUCGGCGCCGUCAUCGACACCACCAUCCCGGCCGCAGAGCCCGCCUCAGCUGCGCCUCCAGGAUCACCACUAUGCCAACGGUCACGCCCCAGAGAACGCUGUCGAGGCGCUCAACCCGCCGAGUUACCCGACCCAGGUCCCACUGCCACCACCAAAGGCCGAGAUAUGGGCGGCUCAGAUAUCGGGGAACCUUGACCUGUCAACCUUCAUAGGGCUGUUCCUCUUUGUCGGCGUCCCGCUCUACUACUCGACAGGAUAUGCCAUGCCAAUUCAUAUGGCGGUCAACAUCCUCGCCUGGUUCGCCGCCAUGGCCAUCCCGGCGAAUUGGAAGCAGUACCUCCACCCUGUUCUCGUGUCGUCCCUUGCUACCGUGCUCGUGAUAUGGGCACUCGCCGAGAUACGUGGCGACAGCUUGUCGACGGCCCUCCACGCAUACCGCACAGGGGCAAAGUACAUUGAGCUAUGGCGGAACACGACGCAGGAGCGGCACGUCCUCCCCGGCGCGGGUGACUUCUUUGGCACGCUGCUCGACGCCAGUAUCGUGGCACUCGCCCUCCCCAUGUUCCAGUACCGCCGUGAGCUGCGCACCCACUUCGUCUCCAUUGUCAUCCCAAACGUCGCCAUCAGCGUUGGCUCCCUACUCGCUUACCCGCCGUUGUGUUACGCCUGCGGCAUCUCGGCAGCACGCAGCCUGGCGUUUGCGUCGCGCAGCCUGACGCUCGCCUUGGCCGUCCCCGCGACCGUCAACCUGGGCGGCGACACAAACACGGUAGCCGCCCUGGCCAUCAUCAGCGGUAUCCUUGGUGUUGUGCUCGGCGCCCGCAUCCUGCGUUGGCUGCGUGUCCCAGAGGACGAUUACGUGACGCGCGGUGUGACCCAGGGCAUCAACUCGAGCGCCAUUGGCACGGCGGUGCUGCUGCGGACCGAUCCUCGAGCCGCGGCCCUGUCGAGUCUGUCCAUGAGCCUCUUUGGCACCAUAACCGUGCUCUUCACCUCGAUACCGCCGGCCGCGACCUUUGUGAGGACACUCGUGGGGCUAUGA